AACAAAAUGGCAGGAGGAAGAGAGGAGAAAGUUCCAUUUUAUAUGCUUUUUGCAUUUGCAGACAGAAAUGAUGUAAUUUUAAUGUUGUUGGGAACGAUGGCGGCUGUUGCUUCUGGGAUUUCAAAGCCAUUGAUGUCUCUUAUAUUUGGUGACCUUGUUAACUCUUAUGGCAAAUCUGAUCAAAACAACAUUCUUGAUCAAGUUUCUGGGAUAUCUCUCAAGUUCGUCUACUUGGCCAUUGGCUCAGGCAUAGCUUCACUAUUCCAGGUAGCAUGUUGGAUGGUCACCGGAGAACGACAAGCGACUCGAAUAAAAUGCUUAUAGUUGAAAACAAUCUUAAGACA